AUGGGCAAGUGCCAGAGCAGAAGCUGCCCCCGCCGGAGCAGCUCCUCUGGCUGCGCCGGUUCUCUGCCCGAAAUACUGCGGCCGUACACGGCGGAUACUGAGCUGCGUGUCGACGUCGAGGGCUUGCGCCAGUUUCUCAAGCUCGAGCAGGGAGAGGAUGGGGAGCGGGCCGAGGCGUGGAUCGCGGAGAGAUCCUCCGACGGCGCGCUGCCGCGCCUCGACCUCCUCCUGCUGGACGAAGCCGCGAACGCCAUAUUGGAUGCGCAGGCCGCCGCCCGGGAGGACCCGCGCGACCGGGCGCUGUCAGACUACUUUAUCUCUGCGUCGCACAACACGUACUUGAGCGGGAACCAGCUCACUUCGAGCGCGUCCGUCGAGGCCCUCUCGCACGCGCUGAGGAUGGGCGUGCGCGUCAUCGAGCUCGACGUGUCGGACGGCGCCAAGGGCUCACCAAUCGUCAAGCACGGCGGUGCGCAAAGGGCGGCGAGGGUGGUGGGGUGA